UCCUGCAUCCGGUCCUGGCUGUGCAGGCUCCGGAGAUUUGGGGGAGGCAUGGAGGUCCACGGCGAAUCCCAGGCUAGCCCGAGCUGUUCCGCGUCCGCCCGGGUCUGCUCGGGGGUCUCAGUGUCCAAGGAGCUGCUGACGGCGGGGACCGACGUCCGCGGAGGUAUAUGGGACAGGUUGCUCAUCAACUCCCAGCCUAAUUCCAGAAAAACCUCUGCUCUUCAAACAGUUCGGAUAGAGAGGAGUCCCUUAUUGGACAAAAUACAGACUUUUCUCCCACAGAUGGCACAGGCAAAUGAAAAGCUAAGAAAAGAAAUGGCAGCUGCACCACCUGGUCAUUUCAAUAUUGAAAAUAUUGAUGGGACUCUUGGAAAAGUUAUACAAAUGGAUGUGGCCUUGUUUGAGAUGAAUCAGUCGGAUUCAAAAGAAGAGGACAGAUCGGAAGAGAGUUCACAAGACAGUUCAGAGAACAGUUCAGAAUCUGAGGAUGAAGAAGACAGCAUCUCUCGUGAAGUCACCGUAGAUAACAUUAAACUUCCUAAUUCUGAAGGUGGAAAAGGCAAGAUUGAAGUUUUGGACAGUCCAGCAAGUAAAAAAAAGAAAUAGUGAAAUAAAUUAUCUGAAAAGAAACAGGUAACAUUUGCUUGCAAAUUCUGUGAAAAAGAGUAUGGUUCACUGGCCAUUUUGUAUUUCAGGUACCUAUGGUGCUUUUGUGUGUUAAUAGAAAAACUUUAGACAAUUUUAACAGGUUAUUUGAGCAAAGAAUGAUUCAUGAGUCGGGCAGAACUUUAAACUGGAAGGUGUUCAGAAACCUCUGCUUUGCAGUGUGACCAGUGUGCUUUUUAUAGGCUAACUGUGGAAGUAAAAUACAGAAAUAACUUGACUGAUUACA